AUGGCAUCAUCUAUUGAUUUACAUCCGCCGAUCCAUUGGGGACAAACAUUACAUAGCGUGUCAUUACGUAUUGGACUUACAGAUGUAAAAUAUCCAAAAGUUGAUAUUAAUGAAUCGAGUAUUAAAUUUCAAGCAACUGGAUGUAGUGGAUCACGUGGCGAGCAAUUAUAUUCAUUUGAAAUUGAACUUUUUGAAAAAAUUGACGCAAAAACUAGUACCUAUAGAAUAAAUGAUCGUGAGAUAAAUGUUAAUUUAAAGAAAAAGAAAGGCGAUACAAAUAAUGCUUGGCCACGUCUUACUAAAGCUUCUGCUAAAUUACCUUGGUUAAAGGCUGAUUUUGAUAAAAUGGCAUUUAGUGAAGAUGAAUCUGAUCAAGAACAAAAAAAGCCAAUGUUUAACAAUAACUUUAAUGAUGAUAUGUAUAAAUCACUUCGUCAAGAUCCUCGCAAAACGAAACCAAAAGCUUUUCUUGAUCAUCGAACAAAUUGGUUACUCUUCUAUAAUUUAUUUCAAUUUACGGCUUAUUUAUUGGUAUUUAGUCGUUUAAUCUUCUAUUUUAUAGCCCGAGGACAUCUACAAAAUGCUUAUAGACUUGUUGAAAAUCCAAUAAAAUUAUGUCAAUCUUUAGCAGUUCUUGAAACGAUUCAUCCAUUAAUUGGUUUUACUAAAGGUGAUUGGACAUCACCAUUAAUACAAUUUCUUGGUCGAAAUUUAAUUUUAUUUGUUGUUAUUAAUUUUAAUAAUGAAAUAAAAGCAUCACCAGUUGUACCUUGUCUAUUCUUAGUAUGGAGUUUCGUUGAACUUUUUCGUUAUCCAUAUUAUGGUAUUCGUCUAUUAAAUAAAGAUAAUCGUAUAAUUGCAUGGUUACGUUAUACGCUCUGGAUUGUUCUUUAUCCAUUAGGUGCAUUUCUUGAAGGUUUAACUAUUUACAAAAGUCUUAAUUAUUAUCAAUCGAAACGUUAUUUCAGCAUCGAUUUACCAAAUGCAAUGAAUUUUUCUUUUAAUUUUGUUCUUUUUCUUCAAAUCUACUUAGUAUUAUUACCAUUAGGUCUUAUUCAUAUGAUGCAACAUAUGUGGAAUCAACGUAAAAAGACAUUAAUAAAAAAAAAUAAAUAA